GCUUCACCCACUCCCACAGCCUGCUGGAGCACCAGCGCACACACACCGGCGAGCGCCCCUACACCUGCGCCCAGUGCGGCAAGGGAUUCACCCGCUCCACCUAUCUGCUGUCCCACCAGCGGGUACACGCCGGUGACCGUCCCUUCCCCAGGCUCUUUGGCUGCUCCGACUGCGGCAAGGACUUCAAGAGGGCGCAGAACCUGAAGACCCACCAACGGGUGCACACGGGUGAGAAGCCCUAUGGCUGCUCCACAUGCGGCAAGAGCUUUGCCCGGUUGUCAGGACUGCGGGUGCACCAGCGGAUGCACAGUGGUGAGCGGCCCUUCACCUGCUCCGACUGCGGCAAAGGCUUCAAGUCAUCGUGGGAGUUGAAGGUGCACAGGCGCCUGCACACUGGGGAGCGGCCUUACACCUGCAACGACUGCGGCAAGGGCUUCACCAACUCCACCAGCCUGAAGUUGCACCAGCGCACCCACACCGGUGAGCGCCCCUACACCUGCGCCCAGUGUGGCAAGGGCUUCACCCGCUCGACCAAGCUGCUUUCCCACCAGCAGAUGCACGUCGGCGACCGUCCCUUCCCCAGCCCGGUGUGUGGAGAACGCUUUGCUAUGCUGCCUGACCCGCUGAGUCACUGCAGCACUCUGUGAAACGUCACCUAUCCAU